CUACCCCCCCAUCUUUCAGUCAAUUCCUUGCUUCUGGAGCGAGUUGACUGUUCCGACACCGUUGGCACUCACGGGCUGGGUCACUAGAAUCGCUGUCUGAUAGGGGCAAGGACAAUAGGCUACAUACAUUCAUAAAUGUCAUGACAAUUAUCAGUUUGACUUUUCUCUCAAGAAAAAACGACGCACUGACAUCCUAAAUAAGGAGAAAAUCUCAGACCAUCCAAUUGAGUUGGAGAUUAUAGAUUCAUUUUUGAACUGAAGGUGUGUGUGUAUAGUCCCGUGAUGUUGGCCCACUCUUCUCUCCUGUUGCUGCUGUGUCUCGCGCGGCUGCCCACCCCCUUGUCGGCCCUGCCCUUUGAGCAGAGGGGAUUCUGGGACUUUGCGAUGGACAGCGAUGUGGGAGGGAUGAUGUCAAUGAUGAGAGAUGAAGAGGAAGGCUCGGCAAUAGAGGAGCUGCCCCCCCCUGAUCUGCCCUCAUGCCCCUUCGGGUGCCAGUGCCAACGCAGAGUGGUGCAAUGCUCCGAUCUUGGUUUGACUGAAGUGCCUAAGGGCAUUCCCGCUGACACCAAACUCUUGGACCUGCAGAACAACCGCAUCACUGAGCUGAAGGAGAACGACUUCAAAGGCCUUGGCAACCUCUACGCCCUGUCCCUGGUGAAUAAUAAGAUCAGCAAGGUCCACCCCAAGGCCUUUGUUCCCCUGAAACACAUGCAGAAGCUCUACUUCUCCAGAAACCUCCUGACUGGAGUCCCCAAGAACCUGCCCUCCUCUCUGGUGGAGCUGAGGAUCCAUGAGAACCGCAUCAAGAAGGUCCAUGAGGGGGCCUUCUCUGAACUGGGCAGCAUGAACUGCAUAGAAAUGGGAGGGAACCCCAUCCAAAACAGUGGGUUUGAGCCAGGAGCCUUCAAGGGACUGAAACUGAACUACCUGCGUAUCUCUGAGGCCCAACUCACUGGAGUACCCAAAGACCUGCCAGACAGUCUCCAUGAGCUCCAUCUGGACCACAACCAGAUACAGGCCAUCGAGCUGGAGGACCUGAGCCGCUACAAACACUUGUACAGGUUGGGUCUGGGCUUUAACCACAUUCGUAUGAUAGAGAAUGGCAGUCUAGCUUUCGUCCCCCGCCUGAGAGAGUUACACCUGGAGAACAACAGACUCACAGCAAUCCCCAAGGGUCUGCCUGACAUGAAGUACCUACAGGUGGUCUACCUCCAUUCCAACAGCAUCAGCAAGGUGGGAGUGGAUGACUUCUGCCCAAGAGGCUUUGGGAUGAAGAGGUCGUUCUAUAAUGGCAUCAGCCUCUACUCUAACCCUGUCAACUACUGGGAGGUCCAACCCGCUGCCUUCCGCUGUGUCAGUGACCGUCUGGCCAUCCAGUUUGGCAACUACAAGAAAUAAGCACAGGGAGAAAGUGAUAGAGAGGAUUGAAGGAGGAGUGCGAGAAGAGGACUGGGGAGAGGAGGAGGUUGAGGAGAGAAGGAGGCAGAGACCAGAAUUGGGGAAAGGAGAUGAGUAAAAUUGCCCUGACCAAAUUUAAAUCUGUAUUCAAUAGAGAGAACGAGAGAUGGUGAGGACAGAUGAGAGAAAAGAAACAAUAGAGUUUUCUAAUUUCUAAUUGUUUUCUAAUUCCAACUAUAAAGAUUCUGUAUUCUAAUUCCGGUUCCAACCAUAGAGAUCCUGUAUUCUAAUUCAUGAUUCUAACCAUAGAGAUCCUGUAUUCUAAUUCCAGUUCUAACCGUAGAGAUCCUGUAUUCUAAUUCCAGAUUCUAACCAUAGAGAUCCUGUAUUCUAAUUCCAGAUUCUAACUAUAUAGAUCCUGUAUUCUAAUUCCUAAUUGUAGGAGAGAAACAUACAGUGUGAGGGGAAUAGAAAGGGAAGGAUGUGCUUGCCCUAUCCACAUUUCAAUAUAUGUCUUUUUUUUAAACCAUGCUUUAAAUAAUCAGGUAUUAAAGCCUGAAAACAGGGUCAAUAUAAAUAAAUAAAUACUAUUGUGUUUGUGUCAAAUUAAUCAGUACUCAGAAAUAUAUUUUUUUGAGGAUGUUUUUUUUCCCAACCAAAUUGCAAAGAUGAGAUAUAUGAUAAGAAAUAUUUUGAAGCAUUUCCUUCGAUAUUGUUUUUAUUACAAGAUAGCUUUAUUUGUUAUUAUUACAAUUUUUGUGUUAUUAUAAUUUUGGUGAAGAUACAUUACAGGUAAAAUAUAGAAAAGCAAUGCCUGUUUAUAGAUGAUCAUAUAAGAGGUGCUCUUUUUACAUAUGUUUGUUGUGUGUCUAUUUGGGAGUCACAUUUGAACCUUCCUUCUAUUGCUAACAUCAGACUUAUCAGGUGCUAACUUGGAUGCCAUAAUCAAUUUGUACUGUAUGUCAUAAGCAAACCCAACCUAUGGAAAGAAAAAGUUUAAGGUUGGAGUCAAUUCCACUAUUUCAAAUCAGAUUCCAAAACGGAAGUUGUCAGUUCCAAUACAUCACAAAUCCAAACAAAAACAUAUAUUUCUAAUUCCUUUGAUUUGAUACCGCUGAAUUACCAUCACAAGUGGAACUGACCUCAACCUGGAGAUGUCAGUCUUAAUUAGGUAGGCUACUCCCCAGGGGAAACUGCCCUGGGUCCGAUUCUUCCUGGGUGCCAUUUUGUGUCCAUCCCCACUUCAGCAAUAGGUCUCCUGAGUGUAUACAGUGACAGUACAAUAAGGGGUGAACCACCAGAGUGGGACUUGAACCAGCAACCCUGCAGAACCAGACCCCUUGGCAGAGGCUGCAGCCAGGGAGGUUAUAAUAGCAGUGUUUGAUGGAUUGUUUUGCACAGUAUCUCUGUAAUGCUUUCUAUGCUGGGUUUCCUCUGGGUAUUUAGUCUGUGUAAAUGAUAGAUGUAGUUGCCUUCGUUCUUAAUGCCUUUUCUAUACUCUGCCAAGCUACCGCUGCAUGUAAGAAUAAAGAUCUUUUUCAGCCUGAUGAUAGCAGAGAGAACGUGUGAUGGUAUGGUGGUGGAAAGAAGCUGUGUGAGAAAUAAAAGACAACUACAACAUUG